GGACGAGGAGGAGGAGAAGACAGCUCAGCCGCCCACCCCCCAUCCCAUUUUCCUUUAUCUCAUUGUUGCCGACGCCGCUUGCGGCCCCAGCAUGGGGCGCGCUGGGCCGGCGCGUCUCCCGCCGCUGCCCGGGGAUUCUGCCUGAAUCCGCCCGCCCAGCUCCCGCACCGCGGACCGGAGAGAGCUCCGUGCAGGCCCGGACCGCGGCGGCGGCGGCGGCGGCGGCGGGGCCGCCUCCCAGCAUCCCCCCCCCCCUCGGAGGCUGAAUGCGGAUAGCGGAGCGGCGCCUGCGGGCUGGGCCGGCCCUGCUGAUCCCGACCUAGGGGAGCCGGACGUCAGCGAUCGCCAGGGCUGCGGAGGGAGGACGGAGCUGCAAGAUGGCCAGCAAGACCAAGGCCAGCGAGGCCCUGAAGGUGGUAGCCCGGUGCCGCCCCCUGAGCAGAAAGGAGGAGGCCGCGGGUCACGAGCAGAUCCUGACCAUGGACGUGAAGCUGGGCCAGGUGACCCUGCGGAACCCCCGCGCGGCCCCCGGGGAGCUGCCCAAGACCUUCACCUUCGACGCCGUGUACGAUGCCAGCUCCAAGCAGGCCGACCUGUAUGACGAAACCGUGAGGCCCCUGAUCGACUCGGUGCUCCAGGGCUUCAAUGGCACCGUGUUUGCCUAUGGCCAGACCGGCACGGGCAAGACCUACACCAUGCAGGGCACCUGGGUGGAGCCCGAGCUGCGAGGGGUCAUCCCCAAUGCCUUCGAGCACAUCUUCACCCACAUCUCCCGCUCUCAGAACCAGCAGUACCUGGUCCGGGCCUCCUACUUGGAGAUCUACCAGGAGGAGAUCCGAGAUCUGCUCUCCAAGGAGCCGGGCAAGCGGCUGGAGCUCAAGGAGAACCCCGAGACCGGUGUCUACAUCAAGGACCUCUCCUCCUUUGUCACCAAGAACGUCAAAGAGAUCGAACACGUGAUGAACCUGGGGAACCAGACCCGGGCGGUGGGCAGCACUCACAUGAACGAGGUCAGCUCCCGCUCCCAUGCCAUCUUCGUCAUCACCGUGGAGUGUAGCGAGCGGGGCUCCGAUGGCCACGACCACAUCCGCGUGGGCAAGCUCAACCUGGUGGACUUGGCUGGCAGCGAGAGGCAGAACAAGGCCGGCCCCAGCCCCGCUGGCGGGCCAACUCCGCAGGCCACCGGGAGCGGUGGUGGUGGUGGUGGCAGCGGCGGUGGAGGCGGCGGAGAGAGGCCCAAGGAAGCCUCCAAGAUCAACCUCUCCCUGUCUGCCCUGGGCAACGUGAUCGCCGCCCUGGCAGGCAACAGGAGCACUCACAUCCCUUACCGGGACUCCAAGCUGACCCGGCUGCUCCAGGACUCUCUGGGCGGGAAUGCCAAGACCAUCAUGGUGGCCACCCUGGGGCCAGCCUCUCACAGUUACGAUGAGAGCCUCUCCACCUUACGCUUUGCCAACCGAGCCAAGAACAUCAAGAACAAACCCAGGGUGAAUGAGGAUCCCAAAGACACGCUGCUGCGAGAAUUCCAGGAGGAGAUUGCCCGCCUGAAGGCCCAGCUGGAGAAGAAGGGGAUGUUGGGGAAGCGGCCACGGAGGAAGAGCAGCCGGAGGAAGAAGGCUGUGUCAGCCCCGGCCGGGUUCCCUGACGGGCCUGUGAUCGAGGCCUGGGUGGCGGAAGAGGAAGAUGAUCACAACAAUAAUCACCAGCCGCCCCAGCCCAUCCUGGAGACAGCCUUGGAGAAGAACAUGGAGAAUUACCUGCAGGAGCAGAAGGAGCGUCUGGAGGAGGAGAAGGCUGCCAUUCAGGACGAUCGCAGCCUGGUGAGUGAGGAGAAGCAGAAGCUGCUGGAGGAGAAGGAGAAGAUGCUGGAAGAUCUGCGGCGGGAGCAGCAGGCCACGGAGCUGCUUGCGGCCAAGUACAAGGCUAUGGAAAGUAAGCUGCUCAUUGGCGGCAGGAACAUCAUGGAUCACACCAAUGAGCAGCAGAAGAUGCUGGAACUGAAGAGGCAGGAGAUCGCUGAGCAGAAACGCCGUGAGAGGGAAAUGCAGCAGGAGAUGAUGCUCAGAGAUGAGGAGACCAUGGAGCUCCGGGGUACCUACACAUCCCUGCAGCAGGAGGUGGAGGUCAAAACCAAGAAACUCAAGAAGCUCUACGCCAAGCUGCAGGCGGUGAAGGCGGAGAUCCAGGAUCAACAUGAUGAGUACAUCCGCGUGCGGCAGGACCUGGAGGAGGCGCAGAAUGAACAGACCCGGGAACUCAAGCUCAAAUACCUAAUCAUUGAGAACUUCAUCCCCCCUGAGGAGAAGAACAAGAUCAUGAAUCGGCUCUUCCUGGACUGCGAGGAGGAGCAGUGGAAGUUCCAGCCGCUGGUGCCUGCUGGAGUCAAUAACAGCCAAAUGAAGAAGCGGCCAACAUCUGCAGUGGGCUACAAGAGGCCUAUCAGCCAGUAUGCUCGGGUUGCCAUGGCAAUGGGGUCUCACCCCAGAUAUCGGGCUGAAAAUAUAAUGUUUUUGGAGUUGGAUGUGUCCCCUCCAGCGGUCUUUGAGCUGGAAUUUUCUCAUGAUCAAGAACAAGACCCUCGUACCCUACACUUGGAGAGGCUCAUGCGGUUGGACAGCUUUCUGGAAAGACCUUCCACAACUAAAGUCCGAAAGUCCAGAUCCUGGUGCCAGAGUCCUCAGCGGCCUCCACCCUCUACCACACAUGCCUCGCUGGCCUCCGCUCCUCUGCGCCCCACGACUGUGGUGGACCAUGAGUGACAGACAUCCCUCAGUCAGGCUGCCCAUCUGACAGACUCCUAAGAUGGCAGCCAACCCUGGCUCAUCUCAUCCACCGCUUGCUUUGGCAAGAACUCAUGGCUUCCCAAACUCUGCUCCCUAUCCACGGACCCAACACUUGGAUGGGAAUUGUGAGCCAAUCAGUGAUUGAGUGCCACCUCUGGACCUGUAGGAAAUGGAACUAUGUUGAGACCAUCAGGAGAUUGUUAUCAAGGGAAGUUCCGACUCUUGACUUAUAUGCUUCUGAGAAGUUCCUCUGGUCAACAAGAUAUCAAGCCAGCUUCCCAUUUUUGAGAUGUGGCUUCUUCCUGCUUUGAUCAUGCUUUCCUGCAGAUGUCAGAUCUCGGUUCCUAGUGGGAGGGAUCAGUGUCAUUCUGUCCCUGGCUAAAUGAAGGUGUCAAAAUCGGUUGCUUUGUUUCUCUUCAUUUAGUACAGGAAAUAGAUAGAGGCACAGUCUAUGCUGACUUUGCCAGUUACCUCUGUUUCUGUUUGGGGGACACUUUUGUUGAAAAUGAAUUCUCAUGAAAAUUGGUCCUUCUCCACCUUCCUUUGUGACAGUCCAGAAUAUCUGAUAUUGCAAGUAAUCAGUAAAUUUCUAUUU